GCUCCACCGUUCAUGCGAAAUUAAUGAGGCUAUCAGGUCCUUAUAUCUGCUAUUGAUUUCCCAUUGACGUCAUGAUUUCCAUGCGUUCCCCUUUAAUGUUGCCAAGGGUUACGGCUCACGUGUCAGAAUGAGGCGAAUUGACGUCAAUGACGGCUCGUGAUUGGUUCUAAAACCCAUAUCCGGUGGGGCAGUGGUCCAAGUUUUUGGAAAAAUCGAAGGGAGAUAUUUGGUGAGCUUGUGGAAAUAACAUCCAAAUCCGAGUUAGUGUCAAAGGGCUCGCCAAUAAUUUGCGGAUUCUUUUUCGAGGCCAGAAUUCGCCAGUUCACCAGGUCGUAGCAGAGCAGUAACGCAUCUUCAAUCGUGAUGGCGUCGGGCAGUACGAGCAGCGAGGAGGAGAGGAGUCUGAGGGAGUGUGAGCUGUACGUGCAGAAACACAACAUCCAGCAGCUGCUGAAGGACUGCAUCGUCCAGCUGUGUACCUCUAGGCCUGACAGACCCAUGGCCUUCCUCAGAGAGUACUUCGAGAGGCUGGAGAAUGAGGAGGCCAAGCAAAUCCUGAACCAGCAGAAGGCCAGCAGCCGUUCUGACUCCCGGGAUGAGGAGGUAUCUCCUCCCAUGAACCCUGUUGUCAAGGGUCGCCGGCGGAGAGGAGCCAUCAGUGCUGAGGUCUACACAGAGGAGGACGCUGCAUCCUAUGUCAGAAAGGUCAUUCCUAAAGACUACAAAACAAUGGCUGCCUUAGCUAAAGCUAUCGAAAAGAAUGUGCUUUUCUCUCACUUGGAUGACAACGAGAGGAGCGACAUCUUUGACGCCAUGUUUUCAGUUACCUACAUCGCUGGAGAGACUGUUAUUAUGCAAGGUGAUGAGGGAGAUAAUUUCUACGUCAUCGACCAAGGAGAGACGGAUGUGUAUGUGAACAACGAGUGUGUGACCAGUAUCGGGGAGGGGGGCAGCUUCGGAGAGUUGGCCCUGAUCUACGGCACCCCCAGGGCUGCCACUGUCCGAGCCAAGAGCAACGUCAAACUGUGGGGCAUCGACAGAGACAGCUACAGGAGGAUACUCAUGGGAAGCACUUUGAGGAAGAGGAAGAUGUACGAGGAGUUCCUCAGCAAAGUUUCCAUCUUAGAGUCUCUGGACAAAUGGGAGCGUCUGACGGUGGCAGAUUCUCUGGAGCCGGUGCAGUUUGAUGACGGACAGAAGAUCGUGGUGCAGGGAGAGCCUGGCGACGAGUUCUUCAUCAUACUGGAGGGCUCUGCAGCUGUGUUGCAGCGUCGCUCUGAGAACGAGGAGUUUGUGGAGGUUGGGAGAUUACAACCUUCUGACUACUUUGGUGAGAUUGCCCUGCUGAUGAACCGUCCCCGUGCUGCCACUGUGGUCGCCCGCGGUCCUCUGAAGUGUGUGAAGCUGGACCGACCACGGUUCGAACGCGUCCUCGGACCCUGCUCGGACAUUCUCAAACGCAACAUCCAACAGUACAACAGCUUUGUUUCACUGUCUGUCUGAGGGGUUGUAACCCCUAAUCCCCUGUAACCCCUAAUCCCCUAUGUAACCCCAUAACCCCCCCCCCCCCCCUCCUUUUUAGACCCAGGGUCCACCAAUGCAAUUUUACUUCAAUGUCAAUUCAUUUGGUCAUCCGUUUGAGUCAGCUGUUUUUAAAAACUCAUAUUCAUUUAAUGCUACCCAUCAGCUAGCCAUCCUAAUCACCCAUACAUGACCAGUUAUGUUACAGUUUGUUACAUGUACCAGCUUCAUACAGUAUGCCUUCACUGCAUUCACUGAUAUUUAUAUAUAUUUUUUACUCUAAUUUAAACACGAACAGUGAUUAGUAGGGGAUCGGCCGAGGUUAGGCCAGGCCAAUGAUAAGAUGGGACAAUCAAACAUGGUGAAGUAAGGAUCCAUGAUGAGUAUUAUGCAGAUAUUUUGGUUCCAUAUAAAAGUGUCAAGUUUGGCAUUCUCACAAAAUUCUCACAUUUUCCUUUCAGAAUGAAAAGAAUGCUGGAAGCAUAAGGAUUCCAUCUAAUUUCUUAUGUAGCUUUCAUGUUAUGAUCUCCUGUUUAUCCUCCAUUGCUACAUUAAAUCAAAUUUAUUUUUUACAUUUCUCAUAUUGUUUCCAUUGAUUGUGCCAUCAAUCUAAUUCACUAUUGUUUUAUCUAGUUUGAGAGCGUUUGUACAACUUAAUGCAACCAGAAGGUUUUCUGUUGUACAGCUAUCAAACUAGUGCCAAAUGUUGAUAAUUUUUUUCACAACUCGGAACCCAUAGAAGAUUCUUAUUCUAUAGUCCGAAACAGUGGAACUCAAAACGGGAAGUAUCUAUCACCAUGUUAACACUCACCUCUGUUUGGUUGGUACAUUAUUGGCUACAAUGGGGGGAAAACAUGGAGUAUUAGUGUAUUUCAGUAUUCAUCAUUUUUCAGUAUACACCAAAUAAUUUCAUCACUAAAAUUCUUUAAACAGAAUUAUUCUAUAGUUAUUCAAUUAUUAUUAAAGUUAUUAUUAUCUUUAUUGACUGAACAAACUAAUGUUACGCUAUAUGGUUUGGAGUGAUGGUAAUCUGAAGUACGUUUUAAAUGUCUUUUUGUAAAUGCUUAUUUUUCCAUAAAUUCUAUUUUAGGUGUUCAGUGCCACAGCGUAAAUAAAUGCUUCUUGUCAACUGACAAAACAGUAUGUAGUUGUAUUGUGAAAAAUGUAAGGGGUUAACCUUUUAAAAGUAGGCGAAAGGGCUUUAAAAUAAUUAGCAUUUUAAGUCUCCAAAUUGUAGAUUGUUUUAUGGGUUUAAGACUUUCAAUUAUUUAUGUAUUUGAGCACUGAAGUUAAACAAGCAAAAGAAUCCCAGUGACUGGUGACUCAGACAUCAGAUUAAAUUGUCUUGCGUUUUAAGAUGAUAUAUUUAUUUUAAAGCGGCUUCGCUGUUAAAGCUUUGUGAGAAUUAUUUGAAUGUGGUUUUGAAGCAAUCUGUGAUCUACUUUAUGCUCACCUACAGCAUAAUGUAAGGUGAUGAGAUGGUGUGAAUGAAAGCGUAUUCUCAAACUGGUAUUCCCUGUGUUGGUCAAACAGUUUCACCCCUUCAAUCUUAAGAAUGCAAUGUAAUUCUGACAAAUGUAUUUAGCAUUUUUUUCCCCUAUUAACUCCUGCAGAAAUAUAUAGUCUCAAGGUUGUAUUCCUUUGCACUCCUGCCCCACAGCUUGCCCCUCACCCCCUUCUUACAGAAAGUACCUUUACAUACGGUAAUGCUAUUAUCCCUUUCUGAGGUGUUCUCCUUGUUUAGGCUCUGUCAUGUUUCCAAUCUUAAUCUUGUGUACAAAAACAGUAUGGCUGAUUGGAUGGAUGGAUUGACUUGUGUAACCGUUUGUUUGUAUGUCCAAACCAAUCAACAUGAUCCUGAGUCGAUUGCAGUGUUGCCUACUUGGUCCAAAACCUUUGUCGUGCUUUCAGAUUCCGUUGAUGUUAUGGAAUUUUGCAGUCGUCUAUUUGCUGACAGUUCAAACUCCCACCAAUGAUUUGCUUGUGUUUCUUCUGUCACAUAGCAAUCAACAUAGAAGUACUGAUGUGGUAAAACACAUCACCACAAGAUUACUACUAACUAGUAGGCACACUGCAAUUGACCCAGUUUGCCUUAGCUUAUGUAACCUGGGCGUAGGCACUCCUGCUAGCCCUUCAGCAAGUUUGUGCGGCCUGCAGCAGGCUCUGAGAGCUGCAGGUCAUCUGAGGACCAUUCUUUUUAUAUUCUACCCAAUGACUGUACUCGGUUUGACUUCAUGUAUGUGCAAAGACAUUUAUCCUUUUGGUAUAGAUUGUUCCAGAUGGCAGUUUAAGCAAUAAAAGGUCAAAUCAC